CGCUCUCCGGACGAAUACCAACAGACCUUGGAAUUCUUAACAGCCAUGCCCAGACCGAAACGUGCUAAAGGAAAGGGCAAAGCCCCCCCAAUUGCAUCUGCAAAGUCAGAAUCUGCCACCCAAUCAACGCAGAACGACGUCCUCCCUUCAAUUGAGGCCCCUACGACCCCACAGCGGGAGACUUCUGGCAAUAGGCUAAAGCGACCUCGAGAUAUCUUAGACAAGGACAGCGACCCCUACGAAAACACUCCGAGCCCAAAACGAACCCCCACUCCUACAUUUUUCACUGGCAAUCAAUAUCGAGCCUUCCGAGAAAAGCACCCCAUUCGACCAUGGAAAGAGAGGAUGGUCAGUGGGCAAUACACCCUGAUCAGUUGCAGAUCUGAUGCUGGGCAUCAUGUGGAUACUAGCGGCUUUGAGGUCAGGGUGUUCUAUGAUUGCAGUGGAGAGGAACGUAAAUUAUAUGCCACAUUCAAGUUCGACAAGCUUGAGGGAAUCAUCCGGUUGCGCAAAAACCUUGAGUUGGACCUUGAGAGAAGUCGUUUGACUGCCGAGGCGUAUGACGAGGCCUGUGGUCUGCCAUCUAAAGACUGGCCUUCUCGUGGCCGCUGUGAAUAUUCAUCGCGAUGGAGAGGCAAAGAGUGCGGAGAGUAUGUUAUCGAUGGAGAGCUUGGACACCUGUUCGAAAUUAUUGCGCAGAAGACCACCCCCUCAAAAGGGUUUCCAGACAUGAGGAUCACUUUCGAUAUACUCUACGACGAUGAGGUAUUUCGUUUCAAGGCCAUCAAGACUGCGGACUUAGACUCGGCCGAGUUGGAGAGGACGGGUUCUCUCGAGCAAGAAUGGCAGGCUUUACAUGAUCCGAGACCAGAAGCCAAGUUCAAGCUAGAGUUUGAGAGGACGAAAGAGAAUAAUUUCUGGCCCGUGAGAAUGCGGAUGUUUCCUGAAAAUAGGAAGCGAAAGGCGGAGUAUUUCUAACCCCAAAACAUUUCUCUCGUCCCUUCUUGGAGAACAGUGUUGACUUAGUAUUUUAGGUAUCACCCAUUCAGUAACGGUUCCAGGAUGCCCCCAAAUACUUCUCCAAAGACCAAGGCAACAGACUGGUCUGUUUCCGGCGUGUAUCGACUAUAUUGUACAAAUCGUCUCGAUCCCGUAGACGCUUCCAAUUAUUGCUUCGAG